AUGAAGAAGGAAUUUGUUCACCGAAAGAUGAAGAGUCUCCCGCAAGAGCUCAUCACCGAGAUACUUUCCCUACUUCCCAUCAAGCCACUGGUUCGUUUUCAGUGCGUUUCGAAGCCAUGGUUCUCCCAAAUCAACAACUCAGAUUUCAUCAAGUUGCAUCUCAAACUCAAUCACUCCAGAGAACGCACCCUCAUUGUGAAGGAGACCGAGUUCCCUCAUGAUUACUACAAGGUAAACUUUUCCAACGAGGGUCGGUUCGGCGAGGCCGUGAAGAUCAAAAAGCCACUGCCAUCAGAAGAAUGCACACUGGUUGUAGGAUGUUGCAACGGCUUGGUUUGCAUCAGAGACUUGAAUUGUGAUGGUGAGAUUGUGAUAUGGAACCCAUUAAUUGGAAAAUACAAGAAAUUACCCUCUAAGAGGCUUAUAGAUACUUUUUAUGAUAGAUUUAGUUACGAUUUCUUAGCAUUUGAAUACGAUCCAGUCAACGACGACUACAAGGUUUUUAAGUUUGUGACGCGAGUCACCCGACGUGCCUGGGAUGAAGAAGAAGGAGUAUAUAGCCGUAAGGAAAGAGUAUAUAGCCGUGAGCUAUAUAGUCUGCGAGAACACUCUUGGAGAAUGGUCAAAGAAAAAUGGCCUUUGAAGGAAUCGUAUAUUUACUCAGAUUGGCCGGCUUUCUUAAACGGUACUUUCCAUUGGUGGGUUGGUCGGACGAACUUCAAAAAGGUCAUUGUCACAUUCAACCUCAGCACAGAAAAAUUUCAAGUACCAAAUUUUGAUUUUUUUUUUUUUAUGAAACCGUGUGUCAAUAUUUUGGUGUUGCGAGGAUGGCUUUGUCUUAUCGUGGGUGAGGAAGUUAAGGAAGUUUGGGUGAUGAAGGAGUACGGGGUGGCCAACAGUUGGACUCUGCUUUAUACAGUGCAGCUAGACUCGGCCUUUUACAUCUGCCGACCUUUGCUCUUCUCACAUGACGGGGGUGAAGAGGUUUUGACGAGAGAGAAGGAAAUUAUAGAGCGGGACUUGCAUCAACUCUUUUGGUAUGACAUAAAAAAUAAAACACAUAGGAUUGUUGAGAUUCAAAAUAUGCCCAGUGGUUUAUAUAUGUCAUACACUUGUGUGGGAAGCCUCCUUCUCCUCGAUGCUGACCAUGACAAUUAA